GGCUGUGGGCAGAGUUAGUCUGCAAUACUGCCUUCUAACCACUGCACCACCAUGCUUGUUAUGAGAUUAGCCAUUUUUGGAUUUAGGAUACUGAGUUCAGUUCAUCCUUAUAAGAUAUUUUGUUGUGUUUUUCUUUCCUAUCCACUAUUCUUGUGUUGGCUUUCAGAUUGGCUUGUUUAGAGAAACUUCAUGGAUCUUCCUUUGAAGUAACUCAAUUUUAUGCUCAACUCGGAGGAAUCUUUUACCAAGUUUGCAGUCUUUCUGCUGAAGAGCAAAAGCAUUUCAGUAAAUAAUGCCAAUAUAACGCAAUAAAGUAAGAGCUUAGUUAACCAUGAUGCAUCCUCUCCUUUUCUAUUCCAGUGGGACUAAGACUCAAAUGCUGCCUACUGCUUAAGAAGAUCGUUCCUAAGUUGCAAAAUGAGCGUCCCGGAUUACAUGCAGUGUGCGGAAGACCAUCAAACUUUACUAGUUGUGGUCCAGCCAGAUGGGAUUGUUCCCGAAGAGAGCUUCUUUAAGAUCUACAAACGAAUUUCAACAGUGAGUCAGAUCAAUGUCCGUGACUCUCAGCGAGUUCUUUAUAUCCGCUACAGACAUCAUUACCCACCAGAAAACAACGAAUGGGGAGAUUUCCAGACGCAUCGCAAAGUUGUGGGAUUAAUAACCAUCACGGAUUGUUCCUCUGGCAAAGACUGGCCUCAAACUUUUGAAAAAUUCCACCUUCAAAAAGAAAUUUAUGGCUCAACCCUUUAUGAUUCCCGGCUGUUUGUCUUUGGACUUCAGGGAGAAAUCGCAGAGCAAACACGUACGGAUGUGGCAUUUUAUCCUAGUUAUGAUGAAUGUGAAAAUGUGGAAAAGAGAAUAGAAGACUUCAUUGAGUCUCUCUUCAUUGUACUGGAGUCCAAACGCCUUGACAGAGCUAUCGAUAAAUCUGGAGAUAAGAUCCCACUGCUGUGUGUUCCUUUUGAAAAGAAAGAUUUUGUUGGCCUGGAUACAGAUAGUAGCUGCUCUUGAAGGAUUAUGUUCAGCCUCUGUCAUCUAUCACUACCCUGGAGGCACUGGAGGUAAAAUUGGCUCUCGCAGGGCACAAGGAGGUUCAUUUUCUGCAGAGGGAGGUAACAGGCAUCGACCUGGUGCACAAGAAGUUCUUAUUGAUCCAGGGGCCCUCACAUCAAAUGGCAUCAGUGCAGAUACAAGUUCUGAAAUAGGACGAGCUAAGAAUUGCCUGAGCCCCGAAGACAUCAUUGAAAAGUACAAAGAAGCCAUUUCCUAUUACAGCAAGUAUAAGAACGCUGGUGUCAUUGAGCUGGAAGCUUGUGUGAAGGCGGUGAGAGUGCUUGCAAUACAGAAAAGAAGCAUGGAAGCUUCUGAAUUCCUCCAAAAUGCUGUUUAUAUUAACCUUCGUCAGGCACUCAUCGUGGCUGGGCUGCUGUGCAGAUGCGUUUACUUCACGAGUUAGUGUAUGCCUCCAGGAGAAUGGGAAACCCAGCACUUUCCGUCCGGCACUUAUCUUUUCUUUUACAAACCAUGCUAGAUUUUCUUUCUGACCAAGAAAAGAAAGAUGUAACACAAAGCCUAGAAAACUAUACAUCAAAGUGCCCAGGAACAAUGGACUUCAUUACCCUUCCAGAUGGCUUAAAGCUCCCGCCUGUGCCAUUCACCAAACUUCCCAUUGUAAGAUCUGUCAAGCUGCUAAACCUCCCCGUUAGCCUUCGACCGCAGAAAAUGAAAAGCCUGCUAGGUCAGAACAUGGCAACGAAAAGUCCCUUUAUAUAUUCGCCAAUCAUCGCUCACAAUCAUGGAGAGGAGCAAAGCAAAAAAAUAG